ACUAAGGUGAGAGAUAAGUCGGUGUAUUGUGGCAGGAUCCCAGGAUACAACAUGUUGCGACUAAUUAUAUUGUCUGCUGUGUUCAGCUUGGCGGUAGCCAGUCCUGCUGUAACAAGGAGCAGGGAAGAAAUUGAAGCUUUCAAACAGUUUCUAGAAGACGUCCGUAGAGGCAAUGAAAACGAAGCAGAAUUCGAAGCGAAGAGGGCUGCAUUCCCUCUCGCGAAUGUUGAGGAGCUGAGUGGCUUGUACCAGGGUGACAUAGUUCUGGACAAAGAAGAUUAUGAGAGGAUGGUGGAAGAUUAUGCUCAUGGUCGCAACGCGUACACCUCGCCCACUAUUUCCAGAUGGCCCGACGACACCGUUAUCUUCCAAUUUGGAGAAGGAGAAUUCGACGAUGCACAAAAGGAAGCUAUUUGGGAAGGCGCAAGAGACAUCGAGGCUCACACAUGUGUCAAAUUCAGAUAUAGGACCGAAUUUGAUAAUGUGUUUGUGAAUCUUACUGGAAGACCAACGGGUUGCUCUGCUCACAUAGGUUACAGGCCAGACCGAGGAGCGCACACAAUGAACUUGGCUCGCAACGACAUUGGAGUCGGAUGCUUCAGACAUGCUACCAUAGUGCACGAGUUCAUGCAUAUCCUCGGAUUCCGUCACAUGCAUUCCACACACGACCGCGACCAUUACGUCAAGAUUCAUGAAGAAAAUAUCAGACCAGGCACUGAAAACAAUUUCAACAAGCACGAUGAAACAAGAGUGGACAACUUGGGAAUCGAAUACGACUAUGUGAGCUGUCUGCACUACAGUCCUUUCGCCUUCUCUGUCAACGGGGAGCCGACAAUUGAGCCACUGCAGGAACACGAAGGCCAAAUGGGACAACGUGUAUACGUGACGGACAAAGACUGGCUUCGUAUCAACAGACAUUACAACUGCCCAGGCGCAUGGGAUUAAAAACAAUUCAAAUCUUUCAUAUCAAUACUAUAAUCGAUAUCAAAUUUAAUAUAUGUUUAAUUGCUUAUAUUUACACCUGCUAUCA